GGUGGUGCCGGGGCGGGCGGGCCGCUUGGGGCCGCGGGCAGUGCGGGAAUUUCGGACCGGGAGGAAGGAGCGGCGCCGGGCCCGCUCGCGCAGGAGGGAAAAUGCCAAAUAAUAAGAAAACUGCUGGAAAAAGAGCCCCUGCAAAGAGGAAACUUGCUGAAGUGUUUGGUCUGGGGGAGGUUCUUGCAGAUACAUCAAGAAAAGAAUGGAAAUUAGGUGCCCCUAUAGGGCAGGGAGGCUUUGGACGCCUAUACCUUGCUGAUGUUAAUUCUUCAAAGGCGGUUGGCAGUGAUGCCCCUUAUGUUGCAAAAGUGGAACCCAGCCAGAAUGGACCUCUUUUUACUGAGUUAAAGUUCUACAUGCGAGCUGCUAAGCCAGAUGAAAUUCAGAAGUGGACUAAGUCCCAUAAACUGAAAUAUUUAGGUGUACCAAGAUACUGGGGUUCUGGCUUGCAUGAAAGAAAUGGAAACAGCUAUCGAUUUAUGAUAAUGGACCGAUUUGGCAGAGAUCUUCAGAAGAUAUAUGAAGAGAAUGCAAAGCAGUUUCCCCAUAAAACUGUACUACAAUUAGGCCUGAGAAUACUUGAUAUUCUGGAAUAUGUCCAUGAGCAUGAAUAUGUGCAUGGAGACAUCAAGGCUGCAAACCUCCUUCUGAGUUACAAGAACCCUAAUCAGGUGUACUUGGUGGAUUACGGACUCGCCUACCGAUACUGUCCUGAAGGAGCUCACAAAGUAUAUAAAGAAGAUCCUAAAAGGUGCCAUGAUGGAACUAUUGAAUAUACCAGUAUUGAUGCACACAAGGGUGUGGCACCAUCAAGACGUGGCGAUCUGGAGAUCUUGGGUUACUGUAUGAUUCAUUGGCUUAGUGGCCGUCUACCAUGGGAAGAUAAUUUGAAAGAUCCAAAUUUUGUCAGAGACUCAAAAAUCAGAUGUAGAGAUAAUAUUUCCAUUUUGAUGGACAAAUGCUUUCCUGGGAAAGAUAAACCAGAUGAAAUAGCCAAAUAUAUGGAAAAGGUGAAGCUAUUGAGCUAUGAAGAGACACCUGUUUAUCAGCAUUUCCGAGAAAUACUUCUGCAAGGUCUCAAGGCCAUUGGGCAAAAAGAUGAUGGCGUGCUUGACUUUGGCUUGGCAGAGAAUGGAGACUUUCAAAGAAAUCCCGUGCAAAAGAUGGAUCAAAGUACAUGUAAGAAAAGAAGAAAGGCAGCAGCUGCAGCCAGUGAGGGCACUGAGGCGGAAAUGGAAGAUACAGGAAGUCCAAAAAAAAAGAAAGCUGCUACUUCUAAUGCAGUUGCUGCCAGAACCCAGAAGAUGACCUUACCAAAACUCAAGAAAAACACAGCAACUAGAAAGAGACUCCAGAAGUAAAUAAUAUAUGGAGCAACAAAUUAAGUUGCUCAGUGGCUCAUUUCUGUGUUUUGGUUUUUUUUUUUUUCUUGUAGCACUGGAAUCUAUUUCUUUCCUUUUUAAAUGAUGACUCCUAUAAAAACACGGACUGUUGUUUGUACCUGUUUUUGAAUGUUUUAUUAAAAUAUUUGCAUAAUUUAUGUAUACUUAGAUACUAAUGCAAAAUUUUGCCAACUUUUGAAGUGGGGAUGCAUUUUUAUUCUUUAUAUACAUGAAUUCAUGUCUUAAAGGCAAACUAAAAGAGAGUCCCUUUUUCCAGCUUUAUAAUGUAGAGAUAAAGCCUUAUUUAAUAGUUUCAUUAUGGAUACUAUAUAAGAAACAGCAGUGUUGCAUCUGAUUUCUCACAGUUUUGAGUAAAGUCAUAUUGGUGGUCACAUAGAUGUACACUGAGAUGAAGUCUGAAAAAGCAGAAAUAGCUUUUAAAUAUUUUUCAAGUGUUUGAAUUAAAACCAGAACAUAAGGCAAAAAUCAUGUCCUUCCAUUCUAGUUUGUAUAAAAUGCAUUUAAACAAUUCUUUGAAAGACAGGUACUGAAUUUUGGCCUUUUUUUUUUUGCAUAGUAUUUGUGUUUAUAUCACUUUUCCAAUUAUUUACAAUUUCUCUGGGAAGAAAGAGACCAGAAUUUUAGACAAAGGGCCAAGGGCAAAGAAAAGAACCAACCAAAAACCAAUGCCUAUUCUCAACCACCCCCUCAGGUUUUCUUUUUAUAUUAGUGAAAAGACUGGAAAAGUUAUAAUUGUGAGUAACUUUGUGCAGGAUCUAGUUCCAGUUCUCAUAGCAACAUAAUGGUUUACCUUUUCAGUACUUGAGGAGCAUGUAAUCUUCCAAAUCCUUUUGUAAAAGUACUUUGUUGCUUGGCUUUCAGUCCUCUCUUCAGAGUUGUAAGUCAAAAAAUAGUGUUGAAUUUCAGUGUGAAACACUACCACUUUUCAUGUAUCUACUGCAGCAUACACAUAAGGCAUGAACAUCAUUCUUAUCAGGGCAACUGAAAGUUGGGCAAAUCAAAAGGAAUCCAUAUGAGCCAGUGAGAGUGUGUCUGUGUGGAUGUCCAGCUUGCUUGAUUGUAUAAUGUCUGAGUAACUGCUCAGGAGAUUAAAUAAGUAUGUUGUAGCAUGAAAUGCUGAAUGAAUGAAUGAUGAGGUUUUGUUUUGUAACAAGGGAAUCCGUUGUUUUGAAAUAAAACUGGAAUACCACAUUUAAAAGGUGCUUUCUCAUUUCUGUUGACUGUUAGGCUCAUUUUCCUGGGUUUUAGCAAAGUGUGGCUGACAACUUUAAGCAUAGCAUUCUCUUCAUUUCAGAUGUAAAAAUAGGACUGCUAAAGCCUCUGUCAUGUUUAAAACUCCUCAAAUCAAACUAUCAUUUUAAUGUCUUCGUUUAAUCAUUUUGUUCAGAAAGUAUGUUACACUGCUCUGAAUAGCUAUUGUCAGGAAGGCAUACGGUAUUCUCUUCCUUGUCACAUACUCAAAGUUAAUGUCAUUCUUUUGUACUUCAGUUGUUUGACAUUUUAUUUUUUUAGUAACUUAUUUACCAGUAAACUUCCUUUGAUUACUUUCCAA